AUGUCACCCUCACUGGCAGCCUCCUCUUUGCUCUCCGUCAGAAAGUGGGUUGCGGUUGUGUACGCAAAAGCCCUGGCUGCCAAUGGAGCUAAAGUUUACAUCACCGGAAGACGUCAAGAAGUCCUGGAAAAAAGUGCCAGCAUCCACGGAUCUGCAGACGAGGUUAGCGCUGCUGGGGGUCAAAUUGUUCCCCUUGUCAUGGAUGUAACCAAUAAGGAUAGCAUCAAGCAUGCUGUCCAGCACAUCGAAGAAGCUCAUGGCUAUAUUAAUCUGCUUGUUAACAAUGCUGGUGUGUGGACCACAAAGCCCGAGGCAGGGCCCGAGGAUGGACCUGAAAAAUUUGGUAACUCCAUGUUUGACCAGUCAAUUGAUCUUUGGCAACAAGCCUUCCUCGUCAACGCUACUUCCAUCUACUUUGUAACAGCAGCUUUUCUCCCUCUACUAGCCAAGUCCAUCUCUAGCCCCACUGGUAAGAUGGGUAGUGUAAUCAACACUACCUCCAACAGCGGCCAACUUAGGAUGUCCGAAGCCUCACAACUAGCUUACAACGUCAGCAAAGCCGCAUCUGUCCACAUGACCCGCCAACUAGCCUUUGACUUUAGCCACGAGAACAUCAAGAUUCGCGUCAAUGGCAUCGCACCAGGCUGGUUCCCCUCUGAAAUGACCACCGGCGGCUCCAACGAAAACAACGAGAGCACCGCACAGGACGAUUCCGCUUUCCAACAGGAAAUGCGAAAUGUUGGGGCGCGUGUGCCUCCUGGCCGCAUGGGCAAGGCUGAGGACUUGGCUAGUGGUCUCCUUACGCUCGCUACGAAUGAUUAUAUCUGGGGCAUGAAUCUUGUUGUUGAUGGAGGUAUUUUGCAAAGUGUUGCUGGGAAUAUUUAGGGGGCUUAAUGGGUGGUGUUGCAUCUUGUGAGGGGUUUCCAGGGCAAUGGAGGAGUUGGGUAGAUUUGAGAGGUAAUGCG